AAAUAGGCAACAGUCCAAACCCUGGUCACCAAGUCAAGCGAAGCGAAACCAUCCCACGCCGACGCCAUCACGCGGCGGCGGUAAUGGGUCUCGUCGUCUCCGCCACCGCCUCGUGCAGCGACAUCUUCGGCCGACGCCGCUCCUCGACGCUGCCUCCCGCAACUGCUACCCCCACGUCUAGUACCCCACCGCUCACGGAUACAACACCGGAGCCAGAGCUCGUCCGCGUCUUCCGCCACUUCGACGCGGAUGGCGAUGGCCGCAUCUCGGUGGCCGAGAUGCGCGAGUCCUGCGGGUGCACGGCCGCGGAGGCGGAGGAGAUGGUCGCUGCCGCAGACCGCGACGGGGACGGGUUCAUCAGCCUCGACGAGCUCGGGGCGCUUUUCGAGGACGAAGACCUGUCGGACACGCUGCGCGCUGCGUUCGCCGAGUACGACGAGAACGGCGACGGCGUGAUCACCGCGGAGGAGCUGCUCCGCGCGCUGCGGAGGCUGGGUAUCGUCGGGGAGGAGAUGACGGCUGAGCGGUGCGCAGAGAUCAUCGCGGCGGUGGACCGAGAUGGCGACGGGGUCAUCUCCUUCGACGAGUUCAAGGCCAUGAUGGCCACCGAGCCGGCGGCGUGAACCAUACGCGCCCGGCGCCCCAUACGUCUUCAUCGAGACGAUCUCUGAUUGUUCGGAAGUUCGGGGUUGGUUUGUGAAGCCUUGUUGUUCGGAAAAGUAGUUUGAGUUUGCUGUGAGAGCAGUAAACGUGCUGAAAAUUUGGAGGUAUGCAUUGCCCUCAGAUUUUCGAGGUAAACUGAAAAUUUAACGUUUGAGCC